CUGUCGAUAACUUCUACUGAUCGCAGCGGUAAUUUAUUUUGCGCACUUUUUUUUUGCUGCACGCGAUAAGCGCACAAAAUGAAUGAGGAAUUUGUUAUUAUAAAGGAGGAAAUAGACAUUGAUGAUACAAAAAUAAAGCUGGAGUUGGAUGAUGGCGAGGACGCAUCAGAUUUGGAAAUGUCAUGCGCUGGCGGUCUUAUGAAAAUCAUUGAGGAGCGGCCAAAUAUGAUAACGGUGCCAGUUCACGACUACAAGUCCGAGGACGAGCUCAAAUUUAUAGCUAGCCUGAGCACGCUCGAUCAGCAACAAAAGUUAUUUGUGACAUCAGCUCCCGCUCUGAACGAAUAUGAGUGCAAAAUAUGCAACUUUAUGUGUGAAAAUCAUUUGGCACUGGCCUCGCAUCAGAUCAAUCACCAACUAAAUCAUCAUUUCUGCAGCCAUGGAUGUGGCCGUUGGUGCAAUACCCUGGAAGAAAUCUUGGAGCAUGAAUAUCGCCAGCAUGAGAGCGGCGGAAACAGUUACAACUGCAGGAUAUGUCUCUUACGAUUCCCGGAUUCGGUUAGUCUGGCCAGGCAUAUAACAGGUCACAUUUAUGUGCGCCGCUUUGUUUGCGCCAUUUGUCGUCGUCACUUUGAGUCGCGUCAGGGAUUACAACUGCACCGGCAGCACAGCAAGGAGCCGUGCGGACGGAUCGACUAUGUGGACACGCUCGGCAAUGUGGGGCAGCUGGUGGCCAUCACCCAACCGUAUGGCCCACUGCCAGCAGAGAUGCUCUGCGACGUGGAGAUCAAAUCAGAACCGCUCGAUGCAGAGGAGGAGGAUAUGGAGCAACAGCCUGAACUGGCGGAUGUGGUCAUUAAAACCGAACCAAAGGAAGAACUGGAGGUGUUAAGUCCUAGUACCGAUAUUAUCUGGCCAAGCGUUAGUGCCACAAGUCUGCCAGAACAACUGCGAGGGAAAUUGCGUCUACCGGCGAUUAAGAAACCAUUAAAAACCGAAUCGCUAGCAAAAGUUGAAGCCGCUAUUCAUGCGACUCCAAAAAUACAGUUUGUUCCAGUUAAUAGAUGGCAGUCCUUACCAACGUCAGUUUGUGUAGUACCGACAAAGCGUCCCAACAUUUUAAAGUCAGUAAAGGACAAAAAUCAACAGCAGGCAACAAACAUAUUGAAGAAAGAGAACAUUUUGCAGGCAGUAAAGAGCAGUCCGAAUGUGGCGUCCAACAUAUUGAAGGUGCUGCCCAGCAAUUGUAUGGUAUUCAAACUGCCGUUGAAUACAAAAAUAAUUAAGAUUCCGACUACGUCAACUGCGCCGACCAUGACAAAUGCGAAUACCAACAGCUGCACUAUUGGUAGUAAUGGAAUCACAUAUUCCAAUGCCAUGACUAUAAGUGCGGGUCCAACUGCAACAGUGUCAGCUUCUACUGCUUCUCCUGCUGCUGGGUCUCUACGGACGCACGUUGCUCGCAACUCAUAUUUCAGUGAUCUGAGCUUAUUUGAAACAUUGCCAGAAUCUCGUAAGAUCAUUGCGGACUUUCAGAGUCAAAUACGUAGUAUUGAGCAAUCAUUGCCACUACCCGGCAGUGUACUGCAAACACCAAAGAAGAGCUCCAAUGGAGUGUUGCCCACACAGCUGGAGGUGCUUAAGCUGCCGUUGACAAAGUUGAGCAGUGACAAAGUGCGUGAAAUGCGCUACAAAUAUCCCGAUCAUCGUUUCCACUGGGAGUGUCCUAAGUGUGCCCGCUGCUACGAACAGCAUUCGGCAUUCUACAACCAUUUGACAUUUGCACACAGUAUUCCAAAGGAGGAGUUUGUCCAUAUGCAAGUUGAGGUCAAAACCUACAAGAAAGUAAAUCCCAUUGCGUCUAGGGUCACUGACUCAGACUUGCUUAGUCCGAAUGUUGAUGCUCCUGUUUCGCCAAAGACUGUAGUGCCAUCCCCAGUAACUCCUGCACUUCUAGCUUCUGAAGCUGAAGCGAGUGAUGUUCCAGCUCUAAAACAUGCAGUGCCAGCUAUUAAAAUUACAACAUCAGCUGUGUCAGCAUCUCCAGUUGAUGAAACUCCUGUGAAGCCAGCUAAAGGUCCUGUAAAGCCUGAGUCCAAUGGAGCUACCAAAUCGCCGCAAUCCAAAGAUGGAACUCGCUUGGCUCAAUAUCAAUGUGAGGAUUGCUCAAAGUGCUUCACAACAAUCGGAGCACGACGCAUCCACAUGCUGAUACACACUGGAGAGCUGCCACACAAAUGUAAUUACUGUGACAAACGCUUUCGCACGCCUGGCCAAGUGCGUGUCCAUCAACGCAGGCAUACGGGCGAGAAGCCUUUCAAGUGCAAGGUUUGUUCGCUGGAUUUCACACAUCGCGAGACACUCAUAUCGCAUCUGUCCCGUCACAUUGGUAUGAAGCGCUACAAGUGCUACGGAUGCGACAAAAACUUUGUGGUUGUCAGUGGUUUGCGUGCACAUCGCCGUCUACGUCCCGAUACCUGCGGCAAGGUGAAGUUUACGGCUCGUGCCCAUGGACCGCGAGUUCGUGUGAUUCGUGGAGAAGUUAUCUUUGAAUCGCAUCCAGAGCACAAUGGCUAUUUACGCAGCGAGGAUCCUUUGAACAUACUAUCUGAGAUAAGUCAGGUCGACAAGGACCUAGCAGUUCCUGACGAUGCUGUUAGUUAACCCCUAUUCAUUUUUCCACUGAGAUCAUAAUGAAAUUGGAAGUCAAAAGUACAUAAAUAACCGAAUAUUACUUGAUACCAUUCAAAUGUUACCAAACUUAUUUUUUGUUAAAAGGGAUGUUUUUAGAGCACAUCUCCGAUAUUUUUGCUAUUGUCAAUAAACAAAAACGAUUGAAUAUAUUUUA